AAUAUUUUCAAUUUUCUAAAAAUAAUGAAAUUUAUGGUGUUUUACUAUUUGUAACACCUGAAGUUUUAAGAGGUCAACCUUACUCUUUAGCUAGCGAUAUUUAUAGUUUUUCUAUAAUUAUGUGGGAAUUUAUAUCUGGAAUUUCUCCAUUUAAUAAUGAAGCUCAUAAUUUUCAACUUAGUUUAGAUAUUUGUAAAGAUAAACGUCCUGAAAUCAUUAAAAAUAUUUCACAAUGUUAUAUAGAUUUAAUGAAAGAAUACUGGAAUAUGGAUCCAUUAAAAAGACCAAUU